AUGGCUACUCUUCCAUUCCACUUUCUGACGCUGGUGAUUGGAUCUACUCUUCGAGGCCUCUCCCCUACCCUGGGGUACAAUAUCGACACCUCUCCUGCAACCAUAUUCUCCUCCAAUACCAGCGCCCAAUUUGGAUAUGAGGUUCUGCAGUUCGGGGAAGGCCCUGAUCGCCUUGAGUGUCAACAGUGGGUCAUAAUAGGAGCCCCCGGUGAACUGAAUACUGCAGGCCAUGUAUACCAGUGUAAAAUGCAAAAUGAAGAGUGCCAAGAUAUUCCGCUUGCAGGAGGCUCUGGAGUAUCCCACCUUGGCAUGACGCUGGCAAGCAACUCUCAGAGAUCUAAGAUGAUUGCGUGUGGGCCAGGAGUUGCACAGCAUUGUGACAAAAAUCUCUUUGUGAGCGGGAUCUGCUAUCUGUUUGAUGCCAAACUACAUGAACCCGAGAACAUCACUACAGGAUACCAAAAGUGCCUGAAAGGUGAUGUAGAUCUGGUGUUUCUCUUUGAUGGAUCAGAAAGCUUGAAAAACUGGGAGUUCAACAAAAUAAAGGAGUUCAUGAUUGACGUGAUGGAGAAACUCCGCAAUAGCACCAUCAAGUUUGCUGCCGUGCAGUUUUCAUAUGACAUCAGUAUCGAGUUUGAUUUUAAUAAUUAUACCAACGACCCCAAUCCUCACAACCUUUUGGCCAACGUGGCACAUAAGAAAAGUACGACAAACACCUUCAGGGCCAUCAAAUUUGUAGCGCAAAAGGUUUUCGUUCCUGAACGCGGCACCCGAGAAGGCGCAAACCGAGUAAUGGUCAUAAUCACCGAUGGAGAUGCCACAGACUCAGACCAGGGAAGCGUAAAAGCUGCCAAGGAGAAGAAGAUCUUGCGCUUCAUCAUCGGGAUUGGAAGUUCCUUCCCCAAGAACGUGAGCCAAGCCAAGAUCAUGAGCAUUGCCUCGGAACCCAAAGACACCUUUGUGAAGGUCCUCAAAAGGUUUGAGGAGCUCAAGGACAGCUUCAACGAGCUUCAGGCAAAGAUCUACGACAUCGAAGGUACCAGUGACCGUGACAAUCGUUCCUUCCAACUGGAGAUGUCAUCCAGUGGAUUCAGUGCUGACAUAUCCCAGCAGCAGGGGGGUUUGACCGGUGAAAAGUUCAUCACUGCCCCCACAGCCAAGGAAGAGAUGAAAGCUGCCUACUUGGGGUACACUUUGAAAUUCUUACAGCGUCAGAAAAGAGAGUUCUAUGCUGUCGGUGCCCCUCGGUACCAACAUGUGGGAAGGGUCCUAGUAUUUGAGGUCACCCCCAGCCCUGCCAACUGGACAUUAAAACAGCAGAUUCCUGGGGAGCAGGUAGGGUCCUAUUUUGGGGCAGUCCUUUGCUCAGUGGACGUGGACAGCGAUAGGGAAACAGACCUGCUUCUCAUUGGGGCACAGCUGUACUUCAAAGACAUGAGAGGAGGUCGUGUUUAUGUCUACAGCUGGGCAGAGGAUAAUCUUGCCCUCCUUGGGGAGCUUCUUGGGGACUCUGAAUACCCCUUGGGCAGAUUUGGAGCCGCCAUUGCUGACCUGGCAGACAUCAACGGGGACGGGCUGACGGACGUGGCCGUGGGGGCCCCCUUAGAAGAUGGGGAGAGUGGAGUUGUCUACAUCUACAACGGCUACGGGAAGACAGUGCAUAUGCGGUAUAGCCAGAAAAUUAAAGGAGUGAACAUUUCUCCUGGCUUGAAAUUCUUUGGACAGUCCAUCCAUGGAAAAACAGACCUCAGUCAAGACGGACUCACGGACAUUACUGUGGGAGCGCUGGGGAAGGCUGUGGUGCUCCGCUCCAGGCCCGUUGUCACGGUGGCUGCAGUUCUGCAGUUCCAGCCCGAGGAAAUUGCAAGGAAAGAAGUGGAGUGUCUGGGGAACGCCAGUUCCUGGAAGGCGAUGGAGAUCAACCUUAAGAUCUGUUUCAAUGUCAGUCUAGACACUGACCACUAUUGGACCGACAAUCGGACGGCUAGAAACUAAGGAGUGUUCAAGAGUGGCAAGAAAGUCUUGGAGGGGGCCAAGAUCAUAUCUGUGGGAUUAAACUGCAUCGAAGAGAAGAUUCACAUCCCAAACUGCAUCGAGGAUCACAUCUCAAAUAUCCAAGUCUUUGUGAAUUUUUCCCUCAACGAUGACCCUAAUAACGGGGAUCUCAACCUGGUUCUGAACCCACUAAACUGCUCAACUACGAAGGAGAUCCCUUUUAAGAACAACUGUGGGGAAGAUGACGUGUGUGAUGCCAACCUGAGACUCCAUUUUGAUUCUUCAGGGUCUGAGAAGCUGCUUCUGUCUUCUGCCUUUGUGCUAAAGGUGGCCUUGGAACUGGAGAACCGCCGAGAGGAUGCUUAUCAUGCCGUCCUCCACUUGCUCCACGUCCCCGGCCUCUCCUUCCGCAAAGGUUUUGUGGUCAAGUCCAGUUCUCUGACCCUCGUGAGCUGUGGUGGGACGACUGAAAGUCAAGCACUCAAGAAUCUCGCUUGCAACGUCAGCCACCCUAUCUUUAGAGAGCACACGAUUGCUUUGAUUGAGCUCUGGUUUGAUGUUCUUCAAAACAGCUCUUGGGGAGACAAUGUCGACAUGGAGGCACACGUCAGCAGUGAUAAUGAGAAGAAUGACACUCUUCCCGACAACAGGGACACUCUGAGGAUUCCUGUCCAGUACCCCAUCAACAUCAUUGUCAAGGGCUUAGAGACGUCCGUUCAAUACAUUAACUUCAGUUCCGCCCAGCAAGAAAACAAGACCGUGACGCACUUUUAUGAAGUGAAAAACAUGCCCUGGGGUCCUUUCCCACCUGCUGCAGUGACCGUGUUUGUGAAGGUGCCAACUGUGUUUACUGCAGGACUGAAAUGGGAGGUUGAUAGUGUCCGAGCUGAACCCUCUGUGAUUUGCAGACUUGUUCAAAUGGACAACAGCAGUGGGAAGACAAAUUCCGUCAAGGACCAUCCUCAGCUAAUUGAGUGUGCUGUUGACCAAUAUCACACCUAUCAAUGUAAUCUCGGGCAGAUAAAUUCCUCUGUGAUCAGCGUUACCGGAAUGGUGUAUGCCAGUAGCAAAAUCGAGGAAUUCUCUCAGUCCAGCUUCUGCACAGCCUCGUGGCUUACAUUUGACACCAGAAGAUACUCCAAUCAGUAUGGUAGUCAAUAUGCCCAGUCUCAGGUCACUACAGAGGUAGAUAUGAUUUAUGUGAUGAAUUAUCUCCCUAUUAUUAUCGGCAGUGCCUUAGGAGGCUUGUUCCUGCUGAUUCUCAUCAUUGUGGGGCUUUACAAGUGUGGGUUUUUCAAGCGUAAUUAUAAAGACAAGUUGGACCAUGAAGGCCACCGUGAAGAUGAUGAUGAAGAAAAAGAAGUCCCACUGAACGGCGAAGCAGAGAGCAAAUAACCGGGAGCUGCUUGCCAUUUGGUCUGGAAUGGAUCGUGGAUCGAACAAAGAAUCCAAAUGGCAUUGAUCAUGAACAGCUGCUGCCCAGCAUUUCUGGUCUUCUUUUGCAGCAUUUACAUGCUUCAGCUUAACUCCAGUACCAGCUUGUUUAGUGUGGACAGUGGAAACUUUGUUUGACAUUUCUCAAGACAGCUGCCCCUUUAAAUCCUGCUAUUUUCCUUCUGCUUCCAGCUUAAUUCUCUCCUGUUCAGUCAUGACCAGCAAAUCUGAAGUAAUUGAUUCUUGUGGGGAUGUUCAUGUAUGAAAUAUUGCUUCUCUCUUUGCAGUCAGAUCCAGCCUUGUGACGUGAUUGAAAACAGUGGGCUCUAAUCUGGAGAACUGGGCUUGAUUCCCCACUCCUACACAUGAAGCCUGCUGAGUGACCUUGGGCUAGUCACAGUUUUCUCAGAACUCUCCCUUUUUCUAGAGACCUGUCUAGCCUGGAAAAGCUCCUGCAGGUGUAGCUCCUCAAAAUAAACGGACUUCAAGUGGGGAGCACAGUGCUGCAUAGAGUUCUAGGAGGAGCCACAAUUUCAGUUCCGUUUCAGCCGGUUGCGGAAAAGGAACAGCUGGACUAUUCAGAAGCGUCUUUGGGUGGAAACGGCCCCUAACAGUUUCCCUCCUCCAGACCAGCCAAGGCACUUGAUCUAAAUGUUUCCAAAAGAGGAUUUAUUUUGUGCGACAAGCGAGGGCUUUCAUUCAUUCUCUUAUAUGUACGCCCUGUUGCAGAAAACACAGUUCACUCUAUUUAUUUCUGGUGUUACCACUGCUCUUCUGGACCUCUGUUGAAUGCUUUGAAGCAGAAGAUGACCUGUGAACCACAUGAGGAAGCGGUCAGGAAAAGAGGAGCUGAAGGCAGGAGCUGUGGACUAAAGCAUUUGUAUGUCUCUGCUGCCUCCUGGGGGAAAGGACAGGCCCUGCUUUGUAUGUACACAGAAGAACAGUUAAGAUUUGAGUCCUGUAGAGCUUUCGAAACCCACAAGAGUUUCCGGCUGUGAGCUUUUGAGAGUCAAGGCCCCAUUUAUAAGGGCAGUGCUUGCUCCACGGUUUGCAGAUAGCCACAUUUGCAAUUACAAUCAACCCAGAGGGCCAUGCCGCUGCUGUAUGCCCUCUAUGCUGCCCCACCAAACACAUACAUAGGCUGAUUAUCCCGCUCACUCCGCUCUGGCCCGGAAAGUUGUGCCAGAAGUUUUUGAUGAUGCUUUGAUGUUUGAUUAUGAUUGCUGAUGUUUAUACCAUCGUUGUUCGCCGCCCUGAGUCUGUGGGGGAGGACGGGAUAGAAGUCGAAUAAUAAAAAUAAAAUAAAAAGUG